AUGUCUAUCUCUACCAUUCACCCGGUUGAAACUUCCUCCUCCUAUUCGCCACAAACGUGCCGUCAAUUUACCUUUUCUGAGAUUGAACUUGCUACCCAAAACUUUGAUGAGUCGUUGGUGAUUGGACGUGGGGGGUUUGGCAAAGUUUACAUAGGAACCAUCACUUGUGGGGAAGUUCUUUUGGAUGCUGCAAUUAAGCGGCUGGAAUCAACUUCUAAUCAAGGAGCAGUAGAAUUUUGGGCUGAAGUUGAGAUGCUCUCCAAAUUAAGGCACUGUCAUUUGGUAUCUUUAAUUGGUUACUGCAAUGAAGAGCAAGAAAUGAUCCUUGUAUACGAAUAUAUGUCCAAUGGAACUCUAGCAGAUCGUCUCCAUAAGCGUCGAGCUUCUCUGACUUGGGUGCGAAGACUUAAAAUAUGCAUAGGGGCGGCUCGUGGUUUAGAUUACUUGCACACUGGUACAGGUAUUAAGCAUGGAGUUAUACAUCGGGAUGUUAAGAGCACAAAUAUAUUGUUAGAUGACAAUUGUGCAGCUAAGAUUUCGGACUUUGGGUUGUCCAAAAUUGCUCCAACGAAUCAGCCUUCGACUUAUGUUAACACUCUGGUGAGAGGCACCUUUGGAUAUAUGGAUCCAGAUUACUUUCAAACAGGUAGGCUGACUCGAAAGUCUGAUGUGUAUGCCUUUGGGGUGGUACUAUUUGAAGUCUUAUGUGGGAAACAAGCGGUGGAUAGAAGUAUCGAUGAGGAGCACUGGGGUUUGGCAACAUGGGCUCAAGACUCCAUUAAAGAAGGAAGACUAGGGCAAAUCGUUGAUAUUAAUUUAAGGGGGAGGUUAUUCCGUAAAUGUUUAAAGGAGUAUGCACUACUAGCUGACCGGUGUUUGCAUAGCCAUCCCAAGCAACGUCCUACAAUGGCCGAAGUUGUGGUGUGUCUUGAGUCUAUCCUGGCUUUACAGGAGAAAACCGACAGUGAUCAGUUGCUACCAACAUUUUUCGGUAGAAUGGUACCAACAUUUCUUAUUCCGUCUAAUCAUCGGGAAACCUCAGGCAGAGAUACAAGUGUAAAAUCCCUUGAGUUAUACCUCCACGCUGUUGGAGGUGAAGACCGAAUAUUAAACUGCUUUGAUUUUAAUACCAUUGUUAAUGCAACUGCAAACUUCUCUGAAGCUAAUAUGCUUUCGUCUGUCUACUACAAGUUUGUAUACAAGGGUAGGCUACAAAAUGGACAAGAUAUAACAAUCACUCAAUAUUCCUAUGCCAGCACAUACGAUGAAUGUAUGAAUGAAGCAUCAAUACUAGUAAAGCUUGAACAUGAAAAUGUGAUUCAGCUGCUUGGAUAUUGUAUUCACGGAACAGAGGCAUACCUCGUCUAUGACUUUGCCCUUAAUGCAACUCUGGAUAGCUUGAUUUUUGAUCCUAUGUGUAAUCUUUUGGACUGGAAUAAACGGUACAAAAUAAUCCUUGGUGUAGCUAGGGCACUUGUAUACCUUCACAAUCAUGCUCCCAUUCGGAUCAUACAUGGUGAUGCAAAACUUGCAAAAGUUCUUUUAGAUGAAAGUUUUGACCCAAAAAUGUCAGGUUUUGGGUAUGCAAUGACAAUCAACGACACUGACUGCAUUUAUGUUGAUUCAAUUCGUGGGACUCCCGGAUACGUAUCAGCUGAAUAUCACAUGACAUUAUGUCUGUCAACCAAGGAAGAUGUCUUUAAUUUUGGUGUGCUGGUUUUGGAAACUGUAACUGGGCAAAGGAAUAACAGGUUUAUACGCGUAGCUAACGACGUGGACUUUAUGCUUAUAAAUCUUGUCCGGACAGAGUGGUUGGAAGGAACAUUGACAAAUGUUAUUGAUCCCAGAAUUGAUGCCGAUCCAAUCUUGAUGACAAAGUUCAUCGAGAUUGGGUUGUUGUGCGUGCAAGAAAGAGCAGCAAUUAGGCCAACAAUGAAGGAAGUUAUUGGCAUGUUGCUUGGCACCUUGUCUCUAACUCUCCCUGUUUCGGAAAUGAGAACAAGGAUCAUUAAUGGAGUUCAGCCAUCAGAUGAAAGUUAGUUCAAGUGUGGUGAUAGUCAGGGGCGGACAAAGCCCAAUGGGAGGGGUAGCACCCGCUACCCCUCAACUAACUUUUAUGACGAAGUGAAUAUAUUUUUGUUUUUACA